AUGCACAAUACAAGCACAGGACACAGAACAGUUCGGUACGAGCCUCCAGAAAUAUUUACCGAUCUGGAAGGAAAGCCUGGCCAGCAGACAAAAGUCCGCUCCAGAUUAUAUAACAUCUGGGCUCUUAGUUGCAUUAUACUCGAAUUCUUAAUAUGGUUGCUUUAUGGGUGGCAGGAACUGGCCGAGUUUCAUCAAAAAAUUCGGGACAAACAAAGAGUUCCAUCGCCCUUCUAUGAGGAAAACACUGUGGAGCAUGGAAAAAGGAAGGCCAAGGUUCACGGAAGAGUAGUAGAGUGGAUGGGCAAGCUCAGUCUCCAUCCGCUUUGCCAGGAAGGCACUGCCAUGAGGGAUAUGCUGGAACUCGUGAGGACUCGGUUGUUGGUCGUUCGGCUACCAGUUAAUCUGGGUCGACUUGGAGAUGGCCCUACCCCCGACUCUGUCCGUUUGCCCCGUCGAAACACAAUCGAAAACAUGCGCGAGGCCAGAGAAACUUCGCAACAGGGAGUCUCGCCACCCAUACCAGCAGCACCCACUUUUGCUGACGAGCCAAUAUCACACGAGGAAACUCGCGAAGCUGUGGUAGUUCCUGAUAUUGUUGUUGACGCUGCUGAGAAUAAAGAAAACUCUGCUCAGACUUCUGUCAAACAAGGAGAUCCCGAGCAGCACUUGUGCCGUGCAAAGGCUUUCGAGGUGACCGAAAAGCUUCAAGUCAUUCUAGAUCACAAGGAUGAGAGCUACUGGCUUCCCUCCCAUUCCUCUCCGCAGUCAAUCGCUGUUCAGCCUCCCGACCCCCUCAGCCAGGGCAAUGAGAGAGAAGCAUCGGAUGCAUAUGAGACUUUUUCAAGCAUUGGAUCAUCCACCAUUGACUCUACUGCAACUAGGGCUUUUGAUUCAGGUACGUCUACUCAUGUAGAUUCCGGUCAAUCUACCGGUAGUCCAACCAGCAAAGAGGGAAGGGACGCCAAGCUUCUUGCACCACAAGUGCCACAGAACGUAAGUCUUGCUGAGAGGCCAUGA